AUGACCUCUACGGACGAGAUAUUCAAACUGGCCAACCAGUCUGUCGACGAGCUUCUGCGAGAGAUCAGCUCGCAGACUGCGCAGAACCCGAACCUAUCGUCUUCCCCCACCACCGAGCCACUACAAAUUGAGGAUGUAAACAAGGACAAAAACAACAUCAAUUCCAGCACAAAAGAGACCCCUAUCUUUAAUGGCCCGCGUGCUCUUGAGCAGAGCCCGAUCAAAAAGUCAGUGCUUGCCUUUGAGCCGGAAAUCCGGCCGGAUGAGCUGUUUGACAGACCUCUGCCUGCCUUGAAACCGUCGGAGUCGGACUACUCCGUCAAGUCGAUGCCCAAUCUGCCGUCGGCGGCGGCCAAUCUGUGGGACUCACCGUCGGCGCGGUCCAACGCGUCGGCAGACUCCGAAAGAACCAUCGCCGUCGAGGAGAAACGGCCGGGCAGUCCCAAUAAGAACCUGCACCAGCAACUGCAGAAUGCCACGCCCGAACAACCAGCGUCCUCCCCCACCCACCAGACGAGACCCACCCCACCUAAUACCGCUCGCCAGGUCUCGCUGCAGAGCACCGCCUCUCUGAGCGAGAACGAUUUUGUUUCUGCCGAGGAGGGCAGCUCGAGCGACCGCAUCUCGGAGACUGACAGCGACGCGACGGUCGACAUCGCCGCCAGCGCGGCCGACGACACAAUGCAGACGCAGGAGAGCAAGCACGAUCCUAAGGCCGCCUCGUUUGUGGACGAUCUGUACGAGUCGUUCGAAGGCCCAGAUAUCGCGCUGCCGCAGAAACGCGUCUCUUCUGCCGAGUCGGCGGAACCUGACGACAUCCUCGCGAUCUGGUCGACGCAGGAGGACUUCCAGAAAGUGCACAAGACGCAGCCGUCGUUCCAGAGCAUCUGCGACCCGAAGAAGUACGUGGUGAGCAAGGAGCAUUUCAAGGAGAUAAGAAUCAGAAACCCGCUGCUUGUGAGGGACGACAACGAGGCGGACGACGAGCAGGAGGACCACGAAUCCGGCCACGCCAGCCUUGCUGCUCCAGAGGUGUCUCGUGAAAAAACGUUCAGCAACCCGCUAGAUUCCGUCCAGGACACCGAGACCUCGAAGAUGUCGCUCGACUCCAUCCACCUCUCAGACCUGCUUCCAGACGGCGACGACUCGUUCCUCCGGGAAAUAGAGGACUGGGAGCCAGAGUCGCGCGAGCAGCCGGUGAGCACGCCUGCUGCCAACGCAGAAACGCUCUCAAACGUGUGGCGGCGCGGAACGCUGAGCAGAAAGCCCGUCUGCGCCAAGGUCGACAACGAGAGCGUCCAGAUUCCGCGGAUGUCUGCGGACGAGGUGGAGCAGCUCAUGAUUCUCAAGAAAAUGACCAGCGACGAGUUCCAAGUCAAGGAGGCCAACAACAAGCUGACGCUCGAGAGCAACGUGCCGCACCUGGAGCAGCGCGUGCACUUGAGCGACGCACGAAGCGAAGCCACGGACGACAAGGCGUCGGCGAUCGUGCCUGACCUGUCGAUCGCCACGGGCCAGACAACACACAAGUACGGCGACCUGGUGCCUGUUGUGCGGCGCGGGGUGGCGUGUCGCGCGCCGCUGGGCCAGCUGAGCGACGAGCAGAUGAACUCGCGCAUCAGCUCGAUCCAGUCGGCUGCCAAACGCGUGAGCUCUGCGCUGUCGUCGUCGACGAAAGUCGACGAGCCGGCGACGCUCGUGCUCGGCGAGCAGGGCCGGUUUUUCCUGCGCGUGAUGGGGGUGCGGGAGCUGAACUUGCCCGAGCUGGGCCGGCGCAACGCGCAGUUCCAGAUCGUGCUCGACAACGCGAUCCACCGGCUCACCACAGACCAUGUCCCUAUCGAGUCCGCGCAGUAUGUUCCCGUGAACAAGGAGUUCGAGCUCGUCGUCGGCGCGUCGCUCGAGGUCGUGCUCACGCUCAAGCUCAAGUACGACAAGCCCAAGGACCAGCUGGUGGAGGUGGUGGAGAAGCGCAAGGCAAAGCCGAAGAACACGCUGGCGAAGCUGCUCGGGUUCAAGGACAUCGUCACGUCGACGCGGUACGUGACGCGGCCGGCAGAAAAGGACCCGCUUGAGCACACGGUGGCUCCCGACGGCUCGUUUGCAAAGUUCCGGAUCUCGUUCGACAACUUCAAGGAGCACGUCACGUGCGAGUCCAAGAUAAUGAAGCUGGACGGGCUGAACGAGUGGAAGACCGUGGGCGGCAAACCAGCUGCACCGUACAAGGUGUGUGCGGUCGACUUCAACAUGCUGUUUGUUCCGCGCACGAGCGAGCACGAAACGCUGCCGACGAGCAUCAAGAACGCGUACGAGCAGGUCGAGCAGGUGCGCAGCACGCUCGCGGCGCGCCACGAGGGGUACAUGUACCAGGAGGGCGGCGACAUCGACGCUUGGACGCGUCGCUACUUCAAGCUCGACGGCUACGACCUGAGCGCGCACCACGAGACCACCAGGAAGUUGCGCGCGCGGAUCAACCUGCGGCGCGUCGUGGACGUCGAGUACGCGGGCAAGCCCGUCUCGGACGGCCAGACCACCAGGCGCGUGUACAGCGACCGGCUGCUGCUGAACGACGCUUUCCGGGUGCGGUUUGCGAACGGCGAGACGAUCUACUUUGGCUGCGACAGCAAGAACGAGGAGACGGCGUGGGUCGACCUGAUGGAGGCCAUAGUGGCCCGGAACUGCUUCAGGCGCCAGCCGUGGGUCAAAAAAAUGCUCACCAAGUGUACGUAG